CUCGGGACUUCCCCUCCCUUCUCCCUGGGUGCCAGCCCGGCCCCUUUAAAGACAUUCCUGAGGGCGUGGCUUCGCUGACGUCAGCGCGGGACAUGAAUGAACAGGAGCCGGUUCUCACUCAACUUCCAUUAAGCACUCGGGGCAGAAGUUACGCGCAGGCGGCAGGAGGGAGCCGGACAUCGAGGCCUGCGCGCGGGCGUGCGGGAGCCGGGCACGGAGAACCGGGCUGAGAGCAAGGAGCGCGACAUGGAGCGUCUGGCACCCCGCGCCUGCCUCGCCCUGCUGUGGGGCUGCCUGCUGGCCGCGGCUGCCGCGGCGCAGGGCAAGGAAGUCGUCCUGUUGGACUUUGCUGCAGCUAAAGGGGAACUCGGCUGGCUCACACACCCAUAUGGCAAAGGGUGGGACCUCAUGCAGAACAUCAUGGACGACAUGCCCAUCUACAUGUACUCCGUGUGCAACGUGGUGGCCAGCGACCAGGACAACUGGCUCCGCACCAACUGGGUAUACCGCGGUGAGGCCGAGCGCAUCUUCAUCGAGCUCAAGUUCACCGUGCGUGACUGCAAUAGCUUCCCUGGGGGCGCGAGCUCCUGCAAGGAAACCUUCAACCUCUACUACGCCGAGUCUGACGUGGACUAUGGUACCAACUUCCAGAAGCGCCAGUUCACCAAGAUCGACACCAUCGCGCCCGACGAGAUCACGGUCAGCAGCGACUUCGAAGCACGCCACGUGAAGCUGAACGUGGAGGAACGCUCCGUGGGGCCGCUCAGCCGCAAGGGCUUCUACCUGGCCUUUCAGGACAUUGGUGCCUGCGUGGCACUGCUCUCUGUCCGCGUCUACUACAAGAAGUGUCCCAAGCUGCUGAAGGGGCUGGCCCGCUUCCCCGAGACCAUCGCGGGCUCCGACGCGCCCUCCCUGGCCAUCGUGGAUGGCACCUGCCUGGACCACGCUGUGGUGCCGCCCGGGGGUGAGGAGCCCCGCAUGCACUGUGCAGUGGAUGGCGAGUGGCUAGUGCUCAUUGGCCAGUGCCUGUGCGAAGCAGGCUACGAGAAGGUGGAGGACGCCUGCCAGGCCUGCUCGCCGGGAUUCUUCAAGUCCGAGGCAUCCGAGAGCCGCUGUCUGGAGUGCCCCACACACACCCUGCCGUCCUCCGAGGGGGCCACCGCCUGCGAGUGUGAGGAAGGCUAUUUCCGGGCCCCGCAGGACCCACUUUCACUGCUCUGCACGCGCCCGCCCUCCGCCCCGCACUACCUCACGGCUGUGGGCAUGGGCGCCAAAGUGGAGCUGCGCUGGAUGCCCCCCCAGGACAAUGGGGGCCGCGAGGACAUCACCUACAGUGUCACCUGCGAGCAGUGCUGGCCCGAGUCAGGCGAGUGCGGUCCCUGCGAGGCCAGCGUGCGCUACUCGGAGCCACCGCACGGGCUGACCCGCACCAGCGUGACAGUCAGCGACUUGGAGCCCCAUAUGAACUACACCUUCACCGUAGAGGCCCGCAACGGCGUCUCGGACCUGGUGACCAGCCGCAGCUUCCUCACUGCCAGCGUCAGCAUCAACCAGACAGAGCCCCCCAAGGUGAAGCUGGAGGACCGCAGCACCACCUCGCUGAGCGUCUCCUGGAGCAUUCCUCCACCACAGCAGAGCCGCGUGUGGAAGUACGAGGUCACCUACCGCAAGAAGGGGGACUCCAACAGCUACAACGUGCGCCGCACUGAAGGCUUCUCCGUGACCCUGGAUGACCUGGCUCCGGACACCAUCUACCUGGUCCAGGUGCAGGCACUGACGCAGGAGGGCCAGGGUGCUGGCAGCAAGGUGCACGAGUUCCAGACACUGUCCGUGGAAGGAUCUAGCAACAUGGCAGUGAUUGGUGGUUUGGCCGUUGGUGUGGUCUUGCUUCUGGUGCUGGCAGGAAUUGGCUUCUUCAUCCACCGCAGGAGGAAGAGCCUGCGGACACGCCAGUCCUCGGAAGACGUUUACUUUUCCAAGUCAGAACAACUGAAGCCCCUGAAGACAUACGUGGACCCACACACAUACGAAGACCCCAACCAGGCUGUGCUCAAGUUCACCACCGAGAUCCAUCCGUCCAGUGUCACGCGGCAGAAGGUGAUCGGAGCAGGAGAGUUUGGGGAGGUGUACAAGGGCACGCUGAAGGUGUCGGGCAAGAAGGAGGUCCCCGUGGCCAUCAAGACGCUGAAAGCCGGCUACACAGAGAAGCAGCGGGUGGACUUUCUCAGCGAGGCCAGCAUCAUGGGCCAGUUCAGCCACCACAACAUCAUCCGCCUGGAGGGCGUUGUCUCCAAAUACAAGCCCAUGAUGAUCAUCGCCGAAUACAUGGAGAACGGGGCUCUGGACAAGUUCCUUCGGGAGAAGGAUGGCGAGUUCAGCGUGCUGCAGCUGGUGGGCAUGCUGCGGGGCAUCGCGGCCGGCAUGAAGUACCUGGCCAACAUGAACUACGUCCACCGCGACCUGGCUGCCCGCAACAUCCUCGUCAACAGCAACCUGGUCUGCAAGGUGUCUGACUUCGGCCUGUCCCGUGUGCUGGAGGACGACCCCGAGGCCACCUACACCACCAGUGGUGGCAAGAUCCCGAUCCGCUGGACGGCUCCAGAGGCCAUCUCCUACCGCAAGUUCACCUCCGCCAGUGACGUGUGGAGCUAUGGCAUCGUCAUGUGGGAAGUGAUGACGUACGGCGAGCGGCCCUACUGGGAGCUGUCGAACCACGAGGUGAUGAAGGCCAUUAAUGACGGCUUCCGGCUUCCCACACCCAUGGACUGCCCCUCCGCCAUCUACCAGCUCAUGAUGCAGUGCUGGCAGCAGGAGCGCGCCCGCCGCCCCAAGUUCGCCGACAUUGUCAGCAUCUUGGACAAGCUCAUCCGCGCCCCCGAAUCCCUCAAGACCCUGGCUGACUUCGACCCCCGGGUGUCCAUCCGGCUGCCCAGCACCAGCGGCUCAGAGGGUGUGCCCUUCCGCACGGUGUCCGAGUGGCUGGAAUCCAUCAAGAUGCAGCAGUACACUGAGCACUUCCUGGCGGCCGGCUACACGGCCAUCGAGAAGGUGGUGCAGAUGACCAACGAAAACUGUGGCCCAAAGACAGGACAGGACCCACCCGAGGCUCUGGUGGAAUCCAGGACUAGAAUUCGGCCUCCUGCCUCCCAGCCCAGGACUCCUCCUCCUAGAUGGACCUCAGAAGCACCCUCAGCUCCCGCCCUGUCAGGUGAACUUCACCAACCUGGGAGAGGGGCCCCAGGCAGCCUGGGCAAUGGCUCAGUCGCCACUAAAGCAUUCAUUCAUUCAUUCGGCAGACACUCCUUGAGGGCCUACUGUUUACCAGGCCUAUCCUGGACCUUGGGAGGGGCUGGGAGUGAGGGGAUGAGCCUGGGGCACUAGGCCCUACCGUUGCUCUGCUAUAGCUAACAUAACCCACUAGUCCUUAAACCAUACAUCAGGGUCUUAGGGAUCUGAUCAAAUGCAGACUCCCUGCCCCGCCUUCAGAACUUCAAAGUCAGUGAGUCUGGAGUUGGGCCCAGGAUCCUGCCUUUUCAGUAAGUGCCUCCUUCCCUGCUGGUCCGAAUACUUAUCCGGGAGCCACACUUAGACCUACAGGUAUGGGGAAAACAGUCCUUCUUUUCCAACACCCUCAACUGCAUAGGUUAGAAAUGGCGCUGUCGUGUUAGGUUAGGAAGUUCUCCCAGAUGUCUGACUCCUGGCCUUCCUGCUUCAGUCCCUGAGCCGCCCUCCCACACACCUGAAAGUCAUGUCUCCGGAACUGCAAAUAGGAGCUUGCACCAUAUAGUUAGCUCCCUUUACAGCCAGGAGAGGGCCCGUAAAAACCUGGGUGUUUUCAUGGGUUUGGGCUGGUGGACGAGGAUGGUGAAGGAGGAAACUCCCAGAGUAAGCAGUAAGGUCUGCUCCAGGGCUCUUGGAGUGUAAGUGGUUUUACAAGGGGAUGGAGGGGCAUGGAAAGCAGGGGCAGGGAAGGGCUAUGGGCUCCUGGGCGCGUCUUUCUAUCUGGUACUAAUGCCGCCUUACCCCUCUGCCACCAGUAUCCGGGAUCUCCCACUCUCCAGUUAGGCACUGUUAUCCCAUUUUACAGGUGAGGAAAUUGAGGUCCCUAAAGGGAAAACCCCUACCUCAGGGUAACCUAGUCACUGGAUCUGGUCACCUGAAAGCCCCUCCCAUUAGAGACCAGCAGGACUUUAACCUCUGAUGGCCCCUCAGCAAGGAUCUCCUGAGUCCUUCCUCCGUUAUGAGAACUUGGAGGGAGUGGAGGUGAAAUAAGGCGAUGGCUGUGACGAGACCUCGGGCAGAGAGCUUUGCACGACACCCCCAGAGGGUCCCUGGCAUCUGGUGAUGGCAUCAGUGCUGCCUGGGGAGGAGCCUUACCUGGGGACAGACCCCAGGGUGGGGGAGGGAAGCCUUUGUUCACAGCUGGCUUGAUUCAGCUCCUCCACCUCUUAGCCUGGGUCACUUUGGGCAAGUCACUUCACCUCUUUGAGCCUCAGUUUUCUAGUCUGCAAAAUGGGGGCAAAAACAGCACCUACCAUAGAUUUUGUGCAGAUUUGAUUUAAAAAAAAACAAAGCUGCUCGCAUUCAGCGCUUCAAUCAUUUUGUGAAUUUUGUCGGUGUCGGCAGGCUUUCCGGAUAUGCUUCCACUCAUCAGACCUCUGCCUUACGAGCUCUGCCCCCCAGGCACCGAGGCCCCCUCCCCGGUCCCUCCUCUCUCCCCUCACCUCCCUGCCACGGCUGCCCACCUCUCCAGGGCAGGCCCCUCACUCUCCCUCUCUCCCUCCCCCGCACAGCGACAUCAAGAGGAUUGGGGUGCGGCUGCCCGGCCACCAGAAGCGCAUUGCCUACAGCCUGCUGGGCCUCAAGGACCAGGUGAACACAGUGGGGAUCCCCAUCUGAGCCCUGACAGACCUCGUGACCCCCUCAGCUAAGAAUACUUGAAGAAACAGACUGGCUUUCCUGCCAGCUCCAUGCUGGGCCACCAGGGACCUUAUUUAUUUCUAGUCCUUCUUUACUGAUGCCACCCUGAGGGCUCUGCUGGGGGGUCUUGGACGAUACCUUGGCCUGAGCUGAGGAGAUGCUCAGGGACCUUGGGCAGGGGGGCCUCUUCACCUACAAAGGACAGACAGCCAAGCACUUAGCAGUCACCAUCGUGUUCCCAGCAUCCCCUGGGGCAGGAGCCCCGCCAAGGCCUUUGGACACACACGUGGGACAUUGCUAAACUGACCUCCCCUUCGCCGUCUCAGGAGGUGGGGCGGUCAACCUGCAGCAGUCACAGGAGCAGGGUACCUCACGAGAAGAGGAAAAACAGCAAAGUCAGCUGGGCAAGACCCACAGCGGUUCUCCCGUCCCUCUAGUGCCUUCCUCAGCCCCCCAGGCCCCAUCCUCAGCCCCCACGGGCCAAACACUUGCUUCCUCGGGGCCCUCACAGGAUGCUUGGUUGUGUGGAGGGUUUUUUUUUUUUUAAAUAUAUAUUUUGUACUUUGUGGAGAGAAUGUGUGUGUGACAGGGGCCCGGCUAGGACUGGGGGCAGACAACGGCCUGUGUCAGACAUUCCCAGGCUGGGGGCUGGCCCAUCCGGCCUCUCACCCCUUUAGACAACAUUUUCUACUCUGUCAGUAUUAAUGAUUUUGUUCUGUUGCGUAUUUUUCUUCGAACCUUAAUUUAUUAUUUUUUUUAUAUUUAUUGUUAGGAAAUGACUUAUUUCUGCUCUGAAAUAAAGUUGCAGAUUGUUCAAA